AGGGACCAGCUGUACUAGGGUCCCCUUCGAGAUGCAGGGGGACCAGCGGGGCGCUCUUCACGCAGCGCCCAGUUCCCUGACAUGCUCGAGGACAGCUCCUCUGGGGUUUGGUCUGCAAAUACAGUGUUACCAGUGCGAAGAAUUCCAGCUAAAUAAUGACUGUUCUGCUCCAGAGUUCAUUGUGAACUGUACAGUGAACGUUCAAGACAUGUGCCAGAAAGAAGUGAUGGAAAAAAGUUCUGGAAUCCUCUAUCGCAAAUCCUGCGCAUCCUCGGCAGCCUGUCUCAUAGCUUCUGCUGGAUACCAGUCAUUCUGUUCCCCGGGGAAAAUGAACUCUGUUUGUAUCAGCUGCUGCAAUACUCCGCUCUGCAAUGGACCCCGGCCCAAGAAGAGGGGGAAUUCUGGCACAGUGCCCAAGGCAGGCAUAUUAACUACUAUUUUGCUCUUCAAAUUGGCUCUUUUAUCAUCAGUGCAUUGCUAAAUUGUCUUGGCAUAAUUUGUUCUUUGUCCCCCUUUUUUGAAAGGCACUGCUGUUCUUUUGCUGCCAUAUCACUAAAGAAGAGUUUGGUCCAAGAACUGCCCUCCUCCCUCUCUUCUUCUUCCUGUUCCCC